GAGUCGGGCGAAAGAUCCUCGGCCAGGUCUAAGAGACCUACAAAACCGAGCUUGGCGGCAAAAGAUUCGCAUACGAUGGUGAGAAAAGCUUGUUCAGUGUGGGUCUUCUGCCUCACAACAAGCUCGAAUUUACUGUGGUCAUGUCCGAAGGGUACUAGGAAUCGUAGUCCGGAAGCUGAUGGUAGCCUAAGUGAAAGUGAUCGUAAGAGUUCAAGAAGGCGGCCUCAUACCAAAAUAUACAAAGUGGUCAUUAACUUUGAUGCCAAAAUCCCAAUGUCUGCAAUAGCAAACGCUCUUAGUGGCCAUGAGACCAAACAUUUUUAA